AUGACGCAGGGUCCGGGCGGGCGCGCGCCCCCCGAGCCCCCCGCGGCCCCCGAGCCCGAGGCGCCCACCACCUUCUGCGCGCUGCUGCCGCGCAUGCCGCAGUGGAAGUUCGCGGCCCCCGCCGGCUUCCUGGGCCGCGGCCCGGCGGCGGCGCGGGCGGCGGGGGGCCCGCUGCCUGCGCUCAGCCGCUGCCGGGCCCCGGGGUCGCGCGGGCCGAGGGGCGCGCGGGGGGCGGCCGGGCCCCCAGACGCCGCCGCCGACGAGUGGAUCCGCAAAGGCAGCUUCAUCCACAAGCCGGCGCACGGCUGGCUGCACCCAGACGCCAGGGUCCUGGGCCCCGGGGUCUCCUACAUCGUGCGGUACAUGGGCUGCAUUGAAGUCCUCCGCUCCAUGCGCUCCCUGGAUUUCAACACUCGCACCCAGGUCACCAGGGAAGCCAUCAACCGGCUCCACGAGGUGGUGCCCGGCGUCCGGGGCUCCUGGAAGAAGAAGGCUCCCAACAAGGCGCUGGCCUCCAUCCUGGGCAAGAGCAACCUGCGCUUUGCCGGCAUGAGCAUCGCCGUCAGCAUCUCCAUCGACGGCCUCAACCUCUCGGUGCCCGCCACGCGCCAGAUCAUCGCCAACCACCACAUGCAGUCCAUCUCCUUUGCGUCGGGUGGUGACACGGACAUGACAGAUUAUGUGGCCUACGUCGCCAAGGACCCUAUCAACCAGAGAGCCUGCCACAUCCUGGAGUGCUGCGAGGGGCUUGCCCAGAGCGUCAUCAGCACCGUGGGCCAGGCCUUCGAGCUGCGCUUCAAGCAGUACCUGCACAGCCCGCCCACGGCGGUCGUCCCCCCGGAAAGGCUGACGGGGCCCGAGGAGUCGGCCUGGGGGGACGAGGAGGAGGCGGAGCACAAUUAUUACAACAGCAUCCCGGGGAAGGAGCCACCCCUGGGCGGGCUGGUGGACUCCAGGCUCGCCCUCACGCAGCCCUGCGCCCUCGGGGCCCCGGGCCAGGGAGCAGCGCCUGCUCGAAGAGACGCCCGUGGCCUCCCGUGGGACCUGGGCCCCUCAGCCCCGCCCGGGGACGGCUACGUGCAAGCAGACGCCCGGGGCCCCCGAGACUACGAGGACCACCUCUACGUCAACACGCAGGGUCUGGAUGCCCCGGAGCCCCUGCAGCCGGAGGACAGCCCCAAGAAGGACCUGUUCGACAUGCGACCCUUCGAGGACGCCCUGAAGCUGCACGAGUGCUCUGUGGCCGCAGCCCCCCUCCCCUUGGAGGACCAGUGGCCCAGCCCCCCGACCCGCCGGGCCCCCAUCGCCCCCACGGAGGAGCAGCUGCGGCAGGAGCCCUGGUACCACGGCCAGAUGAGCCGGCGGGCGGCCGAGAAGCUGCUUCGAGCCGACGGCGACUUCCUCGUGCGCGACAGCGUCACCAACCCCGGGCAGUACGUCCUCACGGGCAUGCACGCGGGGCAGCCCAAGCACCUGCUGCUCGUGGACCCCGAGGGCGUGGUGCGGACGAAGGAUGUCUUGUUCGAGAGCAUCAGCCACCUGAUCGACUACCACCUGCAGAACGGGCAGCCCAUCGUGGCCGCCGAGAGUGAGCUGCACCUGCGCGGAGUGGUCAAGCGGGAGCCCUGAGCAGGUGACAGUUCUCAGCUUGGCUCCUGUCCCUGCUCCCCAGACGCCCCUGUGGCCUUAUGGGCUCCUCAGCCUUCUCUGGACCCUGGUCAUGCUGGAACCG